AUGAAAUCACAACUCAAAAGUCUCAAAUCAUGGCUCAGAGACACCCAAGGAGGGAAUUCCUUCCUCACAGACUUCAAAACCGAAACGUGGAGUGACGACAAACUCAGCUCCUGUCUAUGCCUCGAAACACUGACCGCCAAAGGCGACCCAUUCACCAGGCGGCUGCUCAACUCCGUCAUACAGGCCUACGACCGUGUCGUCGGUCGAUAUAUCGGGUCCGGAGAGAUGGUAGACGAGGAAACGGGCGACAAAUCCUACAGCAGCAACCGGGUCAACCGUGCCAGCAAUGUCUUUGUUGCGAUCAUGGCUUCCGCUCUCCCGGUGCUAUCUAUCUAUGCACUGACUGAGAUUCCGUCUACCGAGGCACGUAUCGGCGCCACUGCUGGCUUCAUCAUCACCUUUGCUGUGUUGAUGGGGAUCCUCGGCUCCGCCAAAAGGUCUGAGAGAUCAUUGCAGCAACGGCUACGUAAGUACAGGUUGAUUUUUCCUUUGUUGCCAUGA